AAAAUUGAUGUUCAUUUGUAUUAUCUUUCCCAUCUCUCAAAUUCUCAUCUAUGUAACCAAACACUGCCUUUAUCUUUGGAAUAAAAAAUCCCCAAGAUUUUCUCAGAAAAAAUCUUUUGCCGUACAUUUUUUUUUUCACUGACCCAGAAAUCCGAACCAAACACCUUUCAUUUCUCCCCUUUCCCGCUGUGAUCGCAGCGCCACACAGGUCAAACCCAGCUGCUCACUUUCUCUCUCAUCCGCUUAUCACGAUUUUCCCUUGCUAUCUAUGGGGAAGAGGAAGCGAACCUCUGAUCACAAUCAGAUCCAACAUUCAUCGGAUAUUGUGCCAUGCUCCUCAGGAAUGGAGCUAUUAUCAGAAGAGAAUGGUUUGCAUGCAAUUGAUUCUAGUGAACUAAAGCCUCUUUCAUCUGUCUUGGAUAUUGCGGAUAGUUCUAUCAAGCUACAAAAUGCGCACUACCUUCACCACCACCACCACCCUUCUUCUACUGGACAUCAUCACCAGAACCUUAGCCGGUCAUUAUUCUUGAAACGCUCACGCCAUCACUAUGCCCAUCAGUACUCUAGGCGUGGCUCAGUCAAUCUUGCCAAUGCCUCAACUUCUCGUGGCAAAGGCACUUCUUUGCGUGAUGAUAAGCUAUCCUUCAAGGCGGUGACUCAAAGCAACUCGGAGUUGAUGGGGAGGCAUUCAGAAUUCAGGGAGAAAGCAUUUUUUGAGCCUGAAAGAAUUAGGUCUUGUAUGUCAGAUCUCAUAUCAUCUGAUCAUACGAAAACUAUCUGUGUGAUUUGUCAGAAAUCGCUGAGUCGGAAGCUUUAUUUUCCAGGGAUCUCUGUAUCUUCUGUUCAACUUUCCUUAGUGGCAGUUCUAGCCUGUGGUCACCUCUAUCAUGCAGAUUGUCUGGAACCGAAAACGAGUUAUGAGGAUAGAAGGGACCCUCCCUGCCCGGUGUGUACAGAUUCAGUAUCUCAGGUUGAUGAUGAGAGAGAGCAGGAUUUGCAUGUAGAAGAAGACUAUUCAACUCUACACCAUGAUACUAAUAUCUAGAGGACCUACUCAGUAUGGAAAGAGAGCUCUGCUUGUUUGUUGAAGGGCUGGCCCUUUUGUUGGGCUAAGAUCUUCUUGGCUUUGGGUUUGGGAUUCCAUUGUGAGUUUUGGAGGUAUUGAGUAGUGGUAUAGUAUGUAUUCAGCUGUUUAUAGCUUUUUUUUUAACUUUUGAUAAGAGUAUAAGUUUAGAAGAUUAGAUAGAAACAACUUUUCCCCUGUUGAUGAAGGUUAAAUUGCUAAUUGGUAAGUAACUUAUGGAUUCCAUAGAUGAUAAUGAUAUGUUAUGCAAUCCUUGCUAUUGUA